AAAAACCGAAAACGGCUGAUGGUUUCGUGUUGUGUCGCGUUGUGUAAUUUGUUUGCGUCUAGAUUUUAUUAUUUUUGAACUGACGAUAUUAAAUAUAAAAUUUUAUUACUGGUUAUUUGUCAAACUAAUUAAUACCUGUUACUUAUUUGUAGUGUUCCGUGUUUUACAGACUUUACUCCGUAAGAUAACGCGUGUUUUUUUACCGUUGAGAAUUCAUAACAUCGGUGAUCGGUCUAGUUUGUUAAUGUAACCUGCCUGCCCUGCGGUUUUUGAAAGAUACCGCAACGCCUUGAAGCCUACCUCCCAAGCCUUAGCCUGUAUUCAUCACUGCCAAUGAUUCCGCCCGUAAGGCGCUAGAUGUCGCCAUGCUAGACAAGACUCGUAGACGUAAUAGCCUUCGAAGCAAUAGACCAAUCGCAGACAGUAGUACGUGACACAGUCUGAAGUCGGAAGACGAAAUGAGCCAAUCAGCGGACGAGGCCCGCGCGGCCAGGAUACAAAGAUACAAGGAAGAGCGGAGGGUGCAGCUCAUCGCUAGAACAGCCACUUUGUUCUCCGCUAACGUUACUGAAAGGCGUCCAAAGAAAGCAGCUCGGUCACCUUUAGAAGAUACUGUCACAAACCUGAAGUCUUCCUCAGAGUUAAACCUGAAUACAGCCUCAACAUCAGUGCCUAUACGAACCACGCGAACUUCACGCUUGAGAGCUGCCGCAGCCAAUAGUUCAGAAUCUUGCCAGUUGACAAAGAAAACAAACAGAAGUUCGUCUGUUCAAAAUUUAUUAGAAGAUGAAAAAAAUAAAACGCAAAAAACCGCUAAAAUUAUAGAUAGAGAUAAAACGCGAACAAAUUCUAAUAGAAGGCAAAGUCACGAGAAAGAAAAUUUAAAAAGCGCGUCGACUACUUGCUUUCCAGAGAAAGAUAAUGGUGCUAUUAGGUCGAAACUUAAACAUUCCAAUAAUAAAAGUAAUUUAGAAAAAGACAAAAUUAAUUUAGUCAUUAGUCCUAAAGGGAAAAGCGUUGACGAAAAGAAUAGUUCAAAGAAAGAAGACAAGAAAACGAGAGUUAGUGUGACUGAAGCAAUUAAAAUAGAUAGUUUAACGGAUGACGAUAAGAGUAUUGACGUUGAUGACAUAUUGAAUGAUAUACUUGGUAAUAAAAGUAAUUCCAAUAGUUUGGAGAGAGAAAGGUUUGAUGUUUUAUACAACGACUUGAUUGACGAUAAUAAAGUUAAAAUUGAAGUUAACGACGUUCCUGUGCAGAACAAUGUGGCUCAGGAGAAAGAGCUCAAGAUUAGUCACAAAAAUUCAUACAUUCCUAUUAAAGAAUCGAUAGCUGUUAGUAGAACUGAUGAUCCGGUGAAAGUGGAAACUUGUGUUGUGCCAAAAAAUGUGAAAACUGAAGUGGGGUUGUUGGGUGCAGUGUGUGUUCGUAAAGUAGAAAGGUUUAGUGAGUUGCUCAGUAAUCUAUGUUCGCCGCGCGAAGCCGAUAUAUUGUUCGAGGACAUUCUUGUUGAAAACGGGAUUGAUGGUGUUAACACUCCGCGUGCCAAAGCACCAGAAUGCACGCCGCCGUGCCGGCGCGCGCAGCUCGCGCCGCGUGUCACGAGCACGCCAAAGCGCGCACCCGCACCGCCGCCCCUGGACGCAGACGGAACCGCUGCAAAAUCGAAAAGUCGUCGGCCCGUAGAAGCACCUCACCCCAAAAACGAAACUGCACUACAGUCUUCUAAAAUAUCUCCUAAAAAUACCACACAUUUCGGCUUCAAAUCUAUAUCUAUAAAAUCUUCAACCCCUGAAAAGCGUCGAAGUUCAGAUUGUGGCAACGGUAAACCUAGUUGCAUUCCAUUAUCCAAAAAAACUCCAGAAAAGUUGCCAAGAAAUUCAAUAUCUCCAGUUAAACAUGAAUCAACAAAAGAACAGCCAUUGAAAGUAGAAAAUUCAAAAUCAAAACUGGAAGCCAGGAAUAGAUGUUUUCGAAGAAGUCCUGACAAAGCAAAAAGUGAAUCAGAGAACUCGCGAAACGAUAGAGUACAUCGAGCUCAAAGGGAUAGUGAAAGUCUUAACGAAAAAUAUCAUAAUUCAAAGAAAAGACUGACUAGUUUAGAUAAUUCUCCGAAAGACGGUAAUGAUACUAAAAACUUUACAAGUAAAUUUUUAUCAAAUAGUUCUAACGCAAAAUUCAAUGUGGAUUCGAACGUUAGUGAGUUAAAUAAUUCUAAAUCUGCCAAUAAAAUGUCUACACUUCAUGAAACUGUGAGACCACAUACAAGUUCCCGACUUUCUCAAGAAAUGGAUAGCUUAGCUGCUUUGACUAAACAAACUUUAGAUAGAGUAAAUAAAUUAUCGAAUAACUUAACUAGUAGUAAGGUACAUGUGACUGAUACUCCUCGUUAUGAUGCUUUAUUUGUGUCAAGCAUUGACCAACAAAAUACCAACCAUGCUUAUAAUUACGGUCUUACCAACGAAAGGCCUGUAACUAACAGAGGAGUUACAGAAAGAUUGAAUGAUAUAGACGCGGCAGGUCAGAGGCUUAUCGACUUUGAAAAACAGAGUGCAAUUUUUUCUGAUCUCAAUAAUGAUUCGUCUAGUCAAAAUCGCCGUCUUGAUACCUCGUCGACGUCUCACCAUACGCCUGUGUCAAUAUUAAAAAGAAAAUCAAUUAACGAAGAAAGUAAUAAUACGAAUAUUCCUUACCAUGCUAUUGCUACACCACCUGUCACUUUUUCGCCGAGUGUGAUAGAACCUAGAAAUGGUCGUUCUGGUCGGCAGGGAAUUUUAAAGAAACGCCGAAGUUUAGACGAAUCACAGGUUGCAAGGCGAAGGUCUUGCAGCCCAGAAGUGUCAUUUGCGGAAGACGGGUCUCCUAGUAAUAAACCAAUUCUUAAAAAUAGAAGAUCAUCUUUGGAAGAUGUUAUAAGAAAUCAAUCUCCUGAUGGACAAAUACAAGGAAUUCUAAAAAGAAAAAUGAGCAGAGAAGAAGAACUCCUCAAUGAUGACGUUGCACAUGGCUCUCCCGAGCCACAUGGAAUUUUAAAACGAAAAUCGAAUUCAAGUUCUAGCAGUAGUACCACAUCUUCUCAUGUUUCAAUUGCUCAAGCUGUGCUGCUAGCAGCUGCAGGUGGCGCUGAAAUUGUAGACGAAGACAAGGAAACUGUCAGGCCUAUAUUAAAGAAGAAAAGUUUUUCUGAAGAAAGGCCUUCUCCAGAUAUUUUACUGCCCGAAACGCCAAAACCGAUACUAAAAAAGAAAUCUACUGAGCACGAUGAUUACGAUUUCGACCUUCCGAAAAGACCAAUCUUAAAGUCGUCGAAGAGGCUGUCUGGAGAUGAAGGACACACUUCUAGUUUCGAUUUGAGCGAAGACGACCGAAGUUCUCGAAGACCAUCAUUACUUAGAUCACGGACUUCAGACCAUUCGGGCUCAGAAUGCGAGGCAGUCAGACCGAUUUUAAAGCAGAGAGGCUCGAGUCUCACUAGGGAACGCAGCCAAUCACCGCGCCCACGACUCUCAUUUUGUGCAGACAACGACGUGAACAUUAGUGCGACAAAUUUUAGUAGUGAUGCGAACGACUUGUUGGCGGCUGGACCGCGUCGCGUCAUAAAUCUCUCGGCCGACCCGGAAGAGAGUUUUCCGAGUGCAGUAAUCCGACGACGUAACCAGCGACCCAAAGCGAAUCCCCGGUCAAUGAGCUUAGUGUGCGACGUGAAUGACGAACUCAUCUCGAUUUUAAACAAUCGCCGACUGAAAGUGGACGAGAACUGUCAAAACGGGCACAGUGAUUCAUGGGGUAGGGAUAAAUCCGAUAUUGAAAACAAAACUUUUCCAUCGAUAGCGUCCCGAAUAAAGAGCAUGGAAGAGGCUCUAACGAGAGACAACUUUUUGAAAGACCCGCCUUCAGCAUCCAAACUGAGAAGCCGUGACAAAGAGCGACACAAAACGCAGCCGGUCACAAUAGACGAAAUGAGAUCAAUCACUUCCAGUUUGGAGCCGAGCCAAGCGAAUUUCCAAGCGAUCGGCAUCGCGGGCUGUAGUUUUCCGAGCCGUCUCGUCGAGUCCGGUGCUGUGCUUUCAGAGCGGGGCCCAUACGUGGGGGAACCCGAGCGGGACCCUUUCGCUUACGUUGACUCUCCCACGUACGAUAGCAACCUUUACGGUGAGAAUCUGCCAGUCAACGCCUUGGAGUAUGUUAAGGCUAAGGACAGCUUCGGCGAGGCAACGUUUCUAGAGCUCGAAAAGAUCGCCAAUGAGAAACAGUCUACGCUGGACGAGAUCGAGCAAGAAGUAAACAAAGUACGCAUCGCGUUAGACGAAGACAGUCGUGCCCUCGAUGAGGACGAGAGCAAUCAAGCGGAGGCCGACAAUUGGAGCCUGAACGUGUCUUGCGACAGUGGAGUGUACAACCGGGCGUCGUCUCGCGACUCUGGACCACAUUCUGGCGAGGAGUUGGGUUUGAUCGAGAGUCAGGAAAUACACGACAACCACGCUUCGAACAGCAGCAACGAUUGGUCGUCGACAUCUAUCGAUCAGAAUAUCAUUUUUAAUAUGGAUCGCGUGAGGAAGUCCACGGAGAAUGAAGCCCUGAGGAGUUCCGACGAUAGGGGAAGCGAUGAGGACAGCAAUGACCGGUCAGGAUUCGCUUUGGGCUUGGUGAAGAGCAACAGCGUGGUCGCCCGUGCUAGCAUGUGGCAACAACUCCAACAACAAGCCAAAGGUCAACCAAAACCGCUGAUUCGUCACAGUCGCUCUAAGGUAAAGGAGGGGCCCCCAGUGACGGAGCGGUUCAAAGCACAGACAGCCUCGGUCACAUCUCCAGAGUCCAUCAGCCCUGAGGAAUCAUUCUCUCUCACUCCGUCCAAAAGCACCGCUAAUGUGUUAGACAGAGACGAAGAUGCUAAAUUAGACGAAGACGACCCAGCCAAAAUGUCUUUGUCCGAGAAAAUGAAGAUGUUCAACUUGAAGUUGACGCACAAACCUCCGGUCGCUGGAUUACCGAGACCCAGGGAAGAGAGAGUGCCCAGAGCGUCUAGGCUCAGAACGAUGCCGGUACUUGCGAGUCAGGUUCAGGAGGCGUUGGACCAAAACGAAAGGAUGUCCAAAUCCCUGACCCACGAAGACAUCCCACGCAACAACGAUUUCCAACUAAAAAUGGAGCUGUUUCGAUCAGCGAGCGCAAAGAAUACGUCCUUAGCGCAUCUAAUGAGGCAGAACUCGAAGUUUAGAAGUUUAGAUAUCGAUGAUGAUCUGCCGUCGGAGCGAGCCCAAAGGAUGAUAACACCCGAAGUGAGGGGCAUAUUGAAGUCUGGAUCCACUGUGGUGCCUUCGAAGCCGCCCACUUUAGCUAAGGGCGAAAGCUCUGAGGGUCUGAAAGACGAAGGUAUCGACAGUUCGUCAGACGAAUCCGCAUCUGCAUCCAGCGUGUCCUCGUCCGAAAAGAGUUGCUCCUCAUCAGAUAGUUCGGACGACUUGCCAGAGAAGCCUAGAAGGUUCCAGAAGAAGAACAACAAACUGAAAUCAUCACGAACGGAAUCUGACAUCGUCAAACUAAACCACGAUCCCUUCCCGAGAAAGAUUCAGCUGCCAGGAGCGAAUGAAUUGAAGGAGCGAUUGAAUGAGGCGAAAAAUUCCGAAGUGAAAAUUCCGCUGUUGGGAAAACUCGGCAGAAAACCAUCUGAGGAGGUUAAAAGCGACGAUGAUAAGGCUAGAUAUAGGAGAUUCGUCAAAAAGCUCGACGAGCCCAUACAAUUGGGUAAACUUCGCCGGCCUGUGGAGAAAGUAGCUUCAGUGGAGGAAAAACCACCGAUACUGAAGAUAUCGGCGUUGAACCAGGCUGCCAAGAAUAAGUUCUUUGGGUUGGAAACUGGGAAGAAGGAGAAGAGUAUCGACGAAUUGUCCGCGGCGGUUAGAAAAUACAUUCCACCCGUAAGCAAAUCGAUAUCCCAUCAUGCGAUGGAGAUCGGCGGCUCGGGCAGCGACGGUGAGAGCAGCGGCGGUCGAGAGGUGCGACACAUCAACAUGAGGCGGCACAGGUUCGGCGCAGGGGUGCAGAGGAGCGCCACCCACGCCGACAUGCCGAACCGAGGGGGCACCAUCGCUGAAAGAUUGGCGGCUCUGCAGGCGGCGGGCGCGAACGACUGGCGCGCUAGAGUUUGCCGCCUCAGUCCAGACAGAGAGGACAGCAAGGCGAUAGAACGGGUGAAGAAUAAGAUCAAUGAAUCAUUGAACGCUGCAGUCGAUGAGAAGAAGAAGGUGCUUAUAGAUGAAAAUGAAUUAGGAUCGAAUAUUCUAGCCGACCGCAGAAAUAAACUGGAAACAGCUGCACAGGGAUGGCGCAAGCGAGUACCACAAAACGACGCUUCGCUGUUCACUGUGGCCGGUCGUUUGGAACGCGACAAGGUGACCACGACCACGCCGCCGAUCACUCCACCGCCGGUGACCACCCCACCCACUGCAGCCCCUGUGGUGACGCCCGCUGUACCACCUCCCAACAGAUUCAGAUCCCGCAAAGCGCCCACGUCGCCCACGAACGGCUUCGCGUCGGGUCCUCUGCGGUCGGCGUCAUGUGCGGUGAUGAGCGCGGCCGUCGACAUCAAACCCAAGGAGACGCCCAAGAUCGACCGCGAGUCGUUCAAACGGAGCCAUUCUGUGAGCGAGAGCAUCAGCAGGGUUGAUGAGACAGAUGAAAUAUCACCGGGGGCGGAGAAAUCUGGGUGUGCCGUCAGAGUUCCACGGGCGGACGACGAGACAUUCCAGGCGUUCUUCGCACCGGCGCUACAGCAGGAGGUCACGCUGUCUGCCGAUGUGGAAGUUGAUCUGGACGCCAUCGACAGUGGCUCCAGACAGCUGCUAGCGAGCGAAUGGGCGCGCAGAGCCAAGCGCGAGAGGCGCCACGUGGCCUCACGCAACCCGCUGCGAGCGCUCGCCGCUAGGACCGACCUGCGGGAGGAGUAUCUGGCGCAGCCGCUCACUAUCCGCGACCAGUUGAUUAAGGAGAAAAUAACAGCCAACUGUGGUCUAGCGGCAGAGGCGUUGGCGGCGCUCGCUAGCAAAGAGGACUUCUCGAACGUCGCCCUGCGCAGCGCGUCCGCCACCAACAUCCCCAGCCACGGCACCAAGCCGCUGAUGCUGCUGCACGUGAAGGGACGGAGACGGGUGCAGACUCGCCUAGUGGAGCCCGUUCACACGAACGUGAAUCGCGGCGACUGUUUCCUGCUGGUCACUCCCGACCAGCUCUUCCUUUACAUCGGGCUCUAUGCCAAUGUUAUUGAAAGAAACCGAAGCACAGAUAUCGCACAACAUAUACUAAAUACAAAAGAUCUCGGCUGCAAAACCUCAAAUGGAAUAAUUAAAAUAGACGAACAAACCAAAAAUUUCUCUAACAAACAUUGGAAUCAAUUUUGGUCCCUACUCGGCGUAACCGAGGAAAUAGAGAACUACAGUCCGGCGGAGACCGGCUCCGCUGAUGAAGACGAGAUCUUCGAGUCGUGUAUCGUACAAACGAAUAUGUGUUACGAAGUUAUGGACGAUGAAUUGGUGCCAAUUAAAGAGUAUUGGGGUCAAUUGCCAAAGAUUGCCAUGUUGCACCAAUCUAAAGUCAUCGUAUUUGACUACGGCUCUGAAAUGUACAUUUGGUACGGAAAGAACGUUCCACUCGAAAGCCGCAGACGAGCCGCGCAAUUGGCACAAGAACUGUUCGAUGAGGGUUACAACUAUGAAGAGUGUCAUAUCAAUCCCCUAAACGCCGCUGCAUAUCAAGGUGCUAGAACAGAAUCUAAUACUACCAACAAAGCUGCUAAAAGCAGACCAGAAUGGGCCAUUCUAUCCAAGGUCACUCAGCAUAUGGAAACUAUUCUAUUCAAGGAGAAGUUCCUGGAUUGGCCCGAUUACAGCCGCGUAAUCAAGGUCAAACCGCAAGAAUACAAAUCCAAUAGUACAGAAAUCACUCCUUGCGACGCUGAGGAAAUGUGGUCCAACGAAUACCACGACCCUGAUCUCAUAUUAGAAGGGUCUCAUGUCGGUCGCGGGACACAUUACUAUGAUAAAGAAUCGAUGCGUUACUACGAUAUCAAGACGAAAUCUAUCUGCAAGUGGGUCAUACAGGAGUACGACUACCAAAAAGUCGACAGCGAAGAGGAAAUCGGAGAAUUCUUCUCUGGAGACAGUUAUAUUAUCAGAUGGGAGUACCAGAUCACGGUCACUGGUCGUGAAUUAAACGGAAAACCGUCGAAACACAACUUGACCGGCAGAGAUCGGUGCGCGUAUUUCUGCUGGCAGGGGAAAGACGCUUCGUCCAACGAGAAGGGUGCUGCAGCUUUACUUACCGUAGAAUUAGAUAGAGAAAAGGGACCCCAAGUGAGAGUGGCCCAAGGGAACGAGCCGCCGGCGUUUUUGAAUCUCUUCCAAGGAAAAUUGGUAAUCCAUCAAGGCAAGAGAGGGACUGAUAAAAGCCGAUACAGAUUGUUUGUGACGCGGGGCAAUAUACCAAACGAAGCCUACAUGCUACAAGUUCCAUGUUCGGUUCGCCAACUGCGCAGCCGAGGGUCGUUAAUUCUAGUCGAUACUGAGAAGUCGUGCUCCUACGUGUGGCACGGUUCGCGAAGCAUGAAACACACCAAACAGAUCGCUCUCGAUCUAGCGAACAAGUUAGUCGCGCGAAAGAAUCAUUUGUUCGGAGGUGAGGAGGUGAAGAUCGUUGAAAUGAAAGAAGGCGAGGAAUCCAAGGAGUUCCUCGACGGUUUGGGCGUGACCAACAAACAGUACUACAAUUCCGUCCUAAGUGGGACGAAGGACGCCGGAGGAGACAUAACCGCUAGGCUGUUCCAUUUCACGGACCUCGGGGGCCAGUUCGAGGCCAAUGAGGUGCUGUCGCCGCUUCGGCACGAGACUCUGGCGACACCCUUUCCUUUUGAACAAAAGGAGUUGUAUUCGGCUUCGCAACCAGCUCUGUUCCUGUUGGACGACGGCGCGUGUGUGUGGGUGUGGCAGGGCUGGUGGCCGCGCGGGGAGGACGGGGAGUUGGAGCCCGCGGAAAGGAACACCGGCGUAGGAGCGUUCGCGGGCCGAUGGCAAGCGAUGCGCGCGGCCGCCCUACGCACAGCGGACGCGUACUGGCGCGUGUCCCGCCCCACGCGGCCCGACGUGCGCGUGGUGGCCGCCGGCCUGGAGCCGCACGCCUUCACCGCGCUCUUCGACACCUGGACGGAGCACGACGACGCCGCCGAGGCUAACAUCGCGCACGGGUACAAAGCGGGCGAGGUAGUCAGCGGUGCUGUGGAACUGUCGCGGCUGACGAGUUGUGACGCUGUCCUGCCUUUGGCGGCUUUGCAGCGGCGCCCUUUGCCAGAUCACGUCGACCCGCAUCAUUUGGAGAGGCAUUUGGCUGAGCCCGAUUUUAUGGAGGCAUUCGGCAUGACCAAAGAAGAGUUUUCAGUGCUACCCGCAUGGAAACAGACCAACAUGAAGAAGGACGUCGGCCUGUUUUGACCCGUCGGCCAUAUUGUGUUGUGUCCCACCAAUGCGACCGCCGCGUCGCCGGCCAUUGCAGCCUGAUGGUCCUUCGAGCCGGAGUCAAGACCAUAGUGUAGAUAUUUUGUACAACUGUUGUGCGUCUCAAAUUAGAAUAAGAUAGUUCAUUCACUACACUGUGACGUGAAGUUGAAUGUUUGGUUAUUAGUACACUGGUGAUUAUUUAUAAUAAUUUAAUUGUAAAGUAAGAAAAUUACAAUGUUCUCUUUUUUCGAAUUUCUUCCGUUCUUCAUCUUCCGUUUUUCCAAAAAUCUUCGUAAUCAUGACAUAUUGUAAAACAUAUUAAUGAAGUACCUAUUUCAAUAUUGCACAAUUCUUAGUAAAAUGAAAAUACCUUAUUAAUAUACAUUUUAUACUUUUACAUGUACUCGUAUUUGUAUAUUUUCCGUAAAUUUUGUGUAAAAUAUUGUGUUUAUUUAUGUAAUUUUCUGUCGUCACCACAACCAGUCUGUUGUAAUUUGAGGCGCACAGUUACAGGUAUUUCGUACUUUUUUACUGAACAAUGUUGAGAAGGGAUUUGAUAAAAUGUUAAGGAGCACGCUUUGAAUUUACCGUAAUUAUAGAGAUGGAAUAAAAUAUACUAUGGUGUACGGUGACAUUGGCCACGCCUCGGAUGUAUGGAAAUUUUGCGCAAGGGAGAAUAUUUAACUAAUAAUAAUUUGUCUUUAUUAAAAUGAACUCAGUUUUCUUGAGUUUGUAAUUUUACAAAAUCUAGUUGGAUGUACUUAUAAAUAAAUUUUUGUUUGCAAUAAAACAUAUUAUAUAAUGAGUAUUUGAAGAACAAUCUAGUAAUAACUGCUCAUUAAGUGCAUCAAUAAUUACCCUCCUACCUACAAUUAAUUCUCCCCUUCUAGUCUGUUAACACCCUCCCACCUCUUCUCCCACGUAUGUAACAAUUUUUAUCAAUUAUGUAACAUUAUUUUGUAUAACAAUUUUUAAUCCUCCAAGUAUCCUCAAGUAUCCAAGGCGUGGUGCAAUGUAAACUUUUUUUAACGAAAAUGUAACUAUGUAUUCGUUCACGUGAUAUUUUCAUGUAACCGUCGUAGCUUAGGCGCGUAGUACCGCGAUAGGAUUUGAUGUUCGGAAUUGUAUUGAGUGUUGUUAUUUGUCGCAUCCAUGGCAUGUUAUAUAUGAAUAUUAUUUAUUUUAGUUACAGCGCGUGCGUCUUCGCCCGCGCAGUGCAGCGGUGGGGGGGAUGACGUCAGAGGGGACAGGCGUAUACGUCAUGUGACUAAUUUUUCGCAACUUUUGCCUCUACCCCCCUCCAGUUAUAUAUUGAAGUUAUCACUGCAAUGUAGCAUAUAUUACAUUUGUAUAUGCCAAGGGCAUAUAUAUGUAUGUCAAUGUAUGCCCCUUGACAUAUAUUACACAUAUUCCGUAAUGUAUGUUUCUGUAUGUAACUCCUCCUGAAGUUUUCACGUGCUGAUUUAUAAAUUUGAUUGCAAAUAAUUUUUGCAAACAAAAAAAAAAUCGAGUCAUAUUUAUUUUUAUUAAUACAUCAUUGUCUAAAAAGCGUUUAACGUGGGAUGCCAUAAUUUAAAAAAAAAAUACGUGGGAUUUUCGUAAAGAUUAUUAAAUAUUAUGUGGCAAAAAAUUAAGCCUCCCCAUUCUGUGGUGUAGAAUUUUCAAGACCCCCCUUUUCCUUGAAUGGGACACGUAGGGGUACAUUCCCUUGCCGCUCCCCUCUGCAGUUAUUUCCCGCGCAUCUGUACUACGCGAGCGAAGAGUCUAUGCUUGUCUAUACUCUAUAGUGUAACAUCUCACUGUCGAUACAUUAUAACUCUUCAAAACUUGCAAUUUGUAUAGUGUUUUAUAGACCACCAUAAAAAAAAACCAUUUAGGUGAUUAAAAAGUUAUUCAGGUUAGGUAAUACUUGAAUACGACAGUGUGAUUUUAUGCGUGACGUAGCAGAUUUUUGUAUAUAGUUGUUUUGUUUGUUUAUUUAUUGAUUUUUUUUUUUUAAUAUCACUUUCUUCAGUUUAUUCUUGUACUGUAACCGCGUUCUUAACAUUUCAAACAACUGUUUUGUAAUGAUUGUUGUUAUUAUUGUAGAUUUAUUUUGUGCAUUAUUUAAUUGAUUGACACAUGGAUAUGACAAAGUGGCAAUGAAAAAAGUGAUAUUUUUGUAAUUCGUGUUUGCUUCGGUCUGUGAACAAAAAAAUGAAGUCGUUAUAAAAAAAAAAAUUUGUCGCGACAAUAUUUUUUUGUGAACAGCACGCGAGAUGUGUGUAACAUAAUAUACCGAGUAUCUGGUCGUAAUGUUGUUUUAAUAAAAAAGCGCUAGAUAACGGAUACUACUAUUAUAUACGCUUUAGGGUAGGCUUUUAUAGUCUGUGGCGCACGGAAGUGGUACACACACCAACACAUAUUUGUUACACUAUUAAAAAAAACUGUGGUCCAUCCUAAAUUUUAACCUGAUAUUUUUAUCCCCUCGUUGAGACCUAGUCAUAAUUGUGUGACGUCACAUAUCCUUUUAAAAAUAUUUUUUGAUUAUUCGGUAUCGGAUAUGUAAUCAAUAAAGUAUUUCCAAAGAGUAUAAACCUAUGCCUAAACCUAAAAUAUUCAGAAAUUAAUAAUAAAAGACAUCAACAUUUUGUAGUUGUUAUGUAUUCAUAAAAUUUGUCAGUAUUUAAAUGUUUUUGAAAUAAAUGAAUUUUACUAUUUUAAUACUUGAUUUAUUAAUGUCAUGUAAUGGAACUUUAGAUGUUGGUCUUAUUCAGUGUCAUGAUACUAUGUCAUGAUACUAUGUCAUGAUACUAUGUCAUGAUACUAUGGUAUGAUACUAUGUCAUGAUACUAUGUCAUGAUACUAUGUCAUGAUACUAUAUCAUGAUACGUCGGUACAUUGACGUGACCCUGCCAUCAUUUGAAUUUACAGAGGCAAGCCUAGUAGUGGCCAAUUAAAUAGUAUUAUAAUAAUGGUUCUUGGGUUGGACCAACAUAUUGUACAGUGUGUACCACUUCUGAGUCACAGAAGUUCUAUACAUUUUAACACAUCACAUAUCUUAACUACUCAUUAGCUACAUUUUUUACUGAGCGUUUGGUGGACCAUGUUGAACAAAUUGUAAUAUUGCAAAUGGCGUGCAAACAUAAGCAAAAGUACUUAUUGUAUGUAUGUAUUUAUGUUCCUUUUUCUUAUUGCAACAUAACAACGUGUAGAGUGCUUUAUUUGAAGUGAUAAUUUCUUAUCGGUGGGUAAAGCGUUUCGUAACGUAACGCGUUACGGCGCCACUCCGUUUGGCUUCCCUUUCUCUCACGUAUACGGCAGCAGGUUUAAGUUAUCACUUCUGUUGUUUGUGUAUUUUAUAUAAUUUUACUUUAAAUUGCAUAUAUUCACAGAUUUCUUAUUAUUUUGAGCUAUUCUCAAAAGUGGUAUAAAAUCACAAUUCAGCAAUUUCGACAAAAAUUUUAAUGUUUUUUUGAAACUUAAUUUCUUUUUAAUUUCACGCACGCCACUAUGCAACCAAUUCUCUUGUAAAUUACACAAACAGAAAUAGAAUUAUUCUAAACGCAUGUAGAUUUAACUGAACAAAUGUAAAGGCAGAAUAGAACUGAAAAAGCGAACAAAUAUUUGUCACUUCUAUCCAACAGAAUUUUCCAAAAUCUGUAACCACAUUCUGUGUCGAUUUGUGUCUGAACCGUAUUUUUAUUUUCAAAACAGUAACACUCUAAAACCUUGUUACAGUAUGAAUUUUCAAAUAGUGUAAAGAUAAUAGCUCAUUAAAGCAACCUGGCACCUGAUUUGUCAAGUCUCGUUGUGAUAGCUUGCGAGAGAGGCGAUCCAGUGAUGCUACAGAAUUGUAGUCCAAAUUCACGCUAAGAAUGCUAAAUGCUCCAGUUGGCCUAUUUACUAAUUUGGCCUUUAUUAAAAUAAACAUCAAAUCAACAGAGAAAUGUUAUCAAUCUACUGUAUGAUAUCCAGAUAGGGUUGUCAGUAAGCACUGGAUGACAUUAUUUUGUUACAUAGAAUUUCAAUGUCACAAGUUCGUUGAUGACACUCCCAUGAUAUGCGGGCGACGAGGGGAAAGACUGCGCGGUUGUGAAAUGGUGCGUGCGGGGAAGUGAGGUGCAUCAGUCGUCUGUUUUUCAUUCAUCGCUACACGCCCCCCGGCACGCGCGGCAUCGGGAUUGUUACAAACAAAGUUGCCAAGCUAUAACAAAGACAAUGAAUUAGCCUGCAGGAGAGAUGGACAGGACUGGUCGGGUGCCCGAUGGCUCUAAUGGGCUAUGACCUUAAAAAUACUUGAUUGCAAGUUACCAAAUCAUAUGUUUUUACACCUGGCCCGCAUAAUAUAACCGUUAUAACGCUAUUGCUAUGUUGUAUACAAUUUUAGAUGUUUAUUUUUGUAACUACUUUAGAUUAAUAUGUAUUUUUUAUUGCAUCGUGUUACUUCAUUAUGGUGAAUCGUUGCAAACCUAUUUAAUAAUUGUUAUUAGCUUGUCCGAUUGGAUUCCAUGGAUUUUUUUGGCUAUAUGACAUGAAAGAUAUGAAGUUAUCGAACGGUUCACCAUAAUGCUGUCAUAAAUUUGUUCGCGGGGCGGCGCCUGUGUUGUGUAGGAGUUACUGCCAAUGAGUAGAAAAUAACAUUUUUAACUAUCGAGUCAUGUUUAUAGUUAACGUACUUAGUUAACAUUAAAGUAACUUAUAUUUUAUGCAUUUACGGCCGAUCCUAUAUAGGCCAACCGUGACAUAAACUUACGUACUCUUAAAUCCAAUGUUUAAUAUUUUUCAUUUGGUUGUGUAUUAUAAAAUGAUUUUUUAAAAUUUGAAAUACAUUCUGAUUGCUAAAAUCCGAAA